CAGGUGGCGGGACGGAUUUCGCUGGUUACAGUCCGCCCCAACGCGACGUCAUCACUGCGCUGGACCGGAAGUCAAACUCAGUUUCCGGUUAAACACCAGUGACGAUGGUGUAUGUGUCAAAUGGUGAAGUCCUGGACAGCCGGACUCGGUCGCCAUGGAGACUGUCGUUCUUUAGCGACCUCUUCUGGGGUGUAGUCGAGUUUGUUGGCUUGUUCUUCCAUAGUCUGGUUCAGCCCGAUCUGUCUAAAGAUGGAAACGCGAUCGCAUCAUCUCGCUUCAGUGACGGCAGAGGACCUCCAGGGUUCCCUGGCCGCAGACGGAUGGGCAGAAUAAACCACGGUGCAGGCCCCACCCCCCCUCCUAUGGGUGGAGGAGGAUGAGGACGGUAA